AUGUCUUCUGGUGCUUCUGCAGCAUUCUCUAUUAGAUCCGAUGCUGUCAAACCUAUGGUGAAUUAUGAUUCUCGCUAUGAUGGAUCUAGAUUUGAGUCCAGUUUGAUGAGAUUGGUGAUGAAUGCUCUACAGGGUGUAGAAUCUGCUUUAAUAACUAUUGAUAAACUCUCUGCAGUACUUUGUUACAUGUUCAGCAGACGGAACUUCUCAUUGAAUUCCAAGCACAAACUAACCAUUUUGUAUCUACGUUACAGCAUUAUGUACAAUCACAACUAUCCCAAGUAUAAUGGUGCAGAUUUCUGCGCUUCCUUAAGCACAAGAUGUUUCUCGUCAAAUGAAACAUGGUCUAUUGCUAACAUUAUGCAAAACAUCUUGCAAUCUGCUAUGGACUUUUGGUCUUGCUUAAUUGGAAGAGAUGGUAAGAAAAAGAAGAAUGAAAGCCUUCAGCCAGCAAUAAGCAAGAGUGGUGCUGGAGGUGGAGGUGGAGGUGGUGCUGCAGGUGGAGAUGGAGCUGGAGCUGGAUGUGGAGGUGGAUUUGCACUGAACACUCAGCAAAAUAAACAAAUCCGUCCCGCUGUUACGGAUGGAGCAAGUUCAGAAAAAGUUUUAGAAGGAAAGAGCAGUUCAAAAGAAGCUGAAAGGGACAAAGUUGCAGCAGAAGGUUUGUCAAGCAACGAGUCCACUAAUAAGGGAGAACAUAGUAAAGUUUUGGUGACAGGUGAUAGCAUAGAAAUCCCUCUGGGUGUUACAAAUGCAACAGGUGCUGUCCAUAAGAACUUGUGCCAAGUAUCUUAA